AUGAAUAACUACCAACCAAUUAAUCCAGAAGACACAAAAAUGCAGGUCAAAAUCCAUCCCAAAAACACAUUUACAAUAAUUAUGGUCCUCGGAUUUUUGUAUUUAGCUUAUUUGAUAUUUUUCGAGAGUGGCGAUGGGAUGCCAGAAAUCGAUGUAGAUUUGAAAGAUGUGAUUAGCUACGCGGUUCUAGCCAUAGAAAUGGGUGGGCAUGCAGUUAUGAAGGUUCAUGAGGAGAAAUCUCUAAACGCCGCUGCAAAAGGGCUGACUGACGAGGGAAAAGAGGAAUUGUUAACCAGAGCAGAUUUGAUAUCAAACCACUUGAUUUUGGAUAUUUUGCAAAGGUUUCCACAGCUAAAAAUAGUUUCCGAGGAAAAAGCGUCAGAGUUCUCGGAUCGUGAAGUGGAGCCAUAUCGAUCGGAUAACUAUGCGGUUUGGCAGAGUGUGAAGGAGAUUCUGAACCAAAUUCCAUCCCGAAGACUUCAAUUAUCUGAUGUUCGAGUUUUUGUGGAUCCAUUGGAUGCGACCCAAGAGUUUACAGAAGGACUAACUGAAUAUGUCACCGUGAUGGCUUGCAUCGUAGUGGACGCCGAGCCGAUUUUCGGUGCAAUCUACCGCCCGUUUUUCAAUGAAACAAUAUUCGGCCUACAAGGAUUCGGAGUGGUGACGUCGGAUGGGAAGAAGAUUUCACCUGUGGACGAGGGAAAAACUGAUAAGAAAGUGGUUGUAUCGAGAAGUCAUGCGGGAAAAGUGAAAGAAAUUGUUGAGAAGGUUUACGGAGAUAAAAUGACAAUUGAAGCGGCUGGAGGCAGUGGAUAUAAGACGUUGAGGCUGGUUAAUGGCACUGCUGAUAUGAAUGGAAAUAUGUUCGUCAACUAUUCCGAAGCCGUCGUGUCUCCGAUGUCAAAGAGUGUGUCGUCAUUAUGUCGACGUGGAUGUCGAGAUGUAAUGAGCACACUCCGGUUGCCAUUUCCUGUAGUCAUGUGCUCCUUCAAGCGGUCUAUGCUGAUCUUUUGGCCGAGGUCAGAAAAUCGAUAA